AUGACAUCACACGCUGUAUUCGUUGGUGCUCGGUGGUCUCUGCCCACUUCUUUCCCUCGAUGCAACCUCACAUCAACUCUAUCGUCAACUCAACUCUCCCGAUAUUAUAACAUAUACGAAAUCAUGGAUCCUCGCCCCUAUCACAUACUGAGUUACGGUACCCUCCUAGGGACACAGUUCUACCAGUCUUUUGUUGGAGGCUUCGUUGCUUUCCGCGCCCUUCCGCGGCCCCAGUUCUCUAAUCUGCAGACCGCCAUCUUCCCCAUCUACUUCUCACUGCAGACUGCGCUGCCUGUAGUCGUCGCCUUGACCGCUUCCCACGGCGGACAGGUGUUGGGUUUGUCUGGUCUCACUGCACCGAAGAACCGCUUUGACACCCUCUUGCCGAUGGCAACCGUGGCAGUGACCGGGUUGGUGAACAUGUUUGUAUUGCUUCCCAUGACAAGAAAUGUGAUGCGCGAGCGCAAGCAUCAAGAAACCCGUGAUGGAAAGAAGAGCUACGACCCCGCGCCUCACUCUAAGGAAAUGCUGGCCUUGAACAAGAAAUUCGGCCGCGUGCAUGGCAUCUCAAGCUUGGUCAAUUUGGCCAGCCUGAUUGCUACGGUCUGGUACGGUGUCGUGCUAAGUAAGAGACUUGAGUAA